AUGGCGCGCUUGCGCCCUCGCUUGCCGGCGCUGCGCGGGCGCCGGCCACUGGCAGCCAUGCUCGCUGUGCUGUCGAUGGGAGUCCUGGCCCUGGCCGGGAGCAGCUUCGUCUCACUGCGAGGCUCCAGCUUGCCUCGGGGCCGCCGCGUGGCUCGCGGCGCGCUGGAUGUCGAAGGCCUGGCAUCUUUCGCCUCCUUUUCGGUGCUUGCCGGGUCACCCAUACCGCUUGGCCUCGGGGCCCUCUUCCGCCGUGCUGAGGAUGUAGCGGCUGCCACGGCUCCCACGGAAGAGGACACAACGUGGCCAGAGUUCGUUCUACCGAGCUUCGGAUCAGAACCAACGCUAAAGGCGGAGGAGGCGCGGGGAGUACUGCAGAGUGCAGCGAUAGAAGGAAGCGAGGCUAACGUUGAUUGGGAGUCCCCAGGGGCUCUUUUCGGCGAGGGGCCCCGACUGCGGCCACGGCGCAUGGCUCGCGUUAUCGGCAUGGCGCUGGCGCCCCUGGCCCUGAUCUGGGCCUUGCUGCGGGCAGCCCUGACAUUCCAUGCAGUGGAGACGUCGCAGGGGUCUCGUACGCUCGGCUCCCCUUCCGGGAAGGGUCACAGGGCCCUUCUCACAGCUUCGCGAGCUCCGCCGUCGAAGAUGAGUGCCACGAGCCUGGCGCUGGUGCCCAUCGUGGCGGCGGCAGCGAUGCAAGUGCGAGGAGGAAGCACGCUGGCGCAGAAAGCGGAGCGUGCUAGCGGCGUGCCGCCUGCGCUGAUGGGCCUGGCGGCCUGGCUGCUUCUGAUGUUUGCAAUCCAGCACAGCUGGGUUGUUGUCCCAUUCUUGGCAGAGGCGCAGUACCAGUACUUUCCGAUAGUGGCCACUUUUGUGGCAGGCUAUGCAGUCAUUGUCCUGGAGGAGCAGACUGAGAUCAAUAAGGCAGCCACGGCCUUGAUACUCGGAGUGCUGGUCUGGGCCCUGGUCGGCACUGGCAUCGACAUGACAGCUUCCGAGUUCGACACGGCGAUCGCAGAAACCUUGCAGAAUGUCGCUGAAGUCGUCUUUUUCCUGCUUGGGGCUCUGACCAUUGUGGAGAUCAUGGAUGCGCACAAAGGGUUUGACAUAAUAACCUCAGCCAUCAAGGCCACCAACCAGAGGGACUUGCUGUUAACCAUCGGCUUCCUCACCUUCCUGCUUUCCUCUGUGCUAAACAACCUCACCGUGGUUAUCGUCAUGGUGUCUUUGCUCCAAAGGCUUGUGCAGGACGAUGACUUUCGGAUGAAGCUUGGAGGUCUGGUGGUGGUGGCCUCCAAUGCUGGUGGGGCCUGGACUCCCAUUGGGGACAUCACUACCACCAUGCUGUACAUAGGCGGACAGGUUACCACCGUGCCCCUCUUAACGAACCUCUUUUUCCCGAGCUCGUUAUGCUUGCUGGGCGCCAUGGGCUACGAGCUCCUAUUCGUGAUCGAGGGCCGGAAACCCUUCGAGCGGCGCAAAGAGAAGAGUGUCAGCACAGAGGCGCCCGCCGGUCAGCAGUUGGUCUUCUGGGGUGGUUUGCUGGGAAUGGUGGGGGUGCCCGUCUUCACGGCCUUCACGAAAUGCCCCGCUUGGACCGGGAUGAUGCUGGUCUUGGGCUUGCUCGGUCUCAUCACCAGCCUGCUUCACGAGCCGGGGGACGAUCGCUACUCCCUGAAGGGCGCGCUGAAGCGCGUGGAGGUGCCGGAUGCACUCUUCUUCCUGGGCGUGCUCUUCGCGGUGGGGGCUUUGGAGAGGGUGGGUUUGCUGAAGGACUUCGCGGAGCAGCUCAGCCAGCUCCUUCCCGACGACUCCUUAGUGGCCAUCUUCCUGGGCUUUGCCUCCGCUGUCGUGGACAACGUCCCUCUGGUCGCGGCGACCCAGGGAAUGUACGACCUCUCGGCGCACCCCGCCAACGAUGGGCUUUGGAACCUCAUCACCUACUGCGCUGCCACUGGCGGCUCCCUGUUGGUGAUAGGCUCGGCGGCCGGGGUGGCCUUCAUGGGCAUGGAGAAGGAGGUAUCCUUCGGCUGGUAUGUCCGCAGUGUGGCACCUGCUGCUCUUGUGGGCUACCUCCUUGGGGUCGGAGGCGUCCUGGGCCAACAGGCACUCGGUCUCAGCGUGAGCUGCUUGCCUGCUCAAGAUUUGGUGGUGCCUCUGAAGUUCCAGAAAAAGCAGAAAACACUUUGCUUUGUGGGUAAGCUGCCCGGUGUGCCGUUUUGCGCUUUUCUAGAUCGCGGGCGAAGCCCUCACAUUUUCGAUCGCAACUUCGCGAACCGGGCGGCAGCACAGGAUUUGCUUUGGUGUUCCAUGGUGUUCUACACGCCGGCCACAGGGAAUGUUUUGUUCUUUGCCUGUGGCGAGUGUGAUUCUCGCUUGGCCGAUCAAAGGAAAUCGGAAGAGGUCUUGGUAUCGAACCGCACAAUCGCAGCAGACAGCUCUGUCCCUCGUCUAGAGGACAGCGGUCAUUUGCGUCGCAGGUGGGCUUUCCCCUCCUUUGCCGUCUUCCUGGACAAGUCUGGAGAGACUGCCCCAGCUCCCUGGCGCAUCAGCGUUGCAGAAGACGUGAUCGUCCCCUUCGCUUUGGGCCUCUUUGCAGGUGUGUUUGGCGAGUUUGCUUAUGGAGCCUUGGAGGGAGGACUAUUUGACAACGCCUUCUCAACAGCGUUUUAUAGUGCUUUUGCCUGGAUCUAUCUGAAUCAAUGGUUCCUCUACAACAAGGUGAACCAGCUCUUUGAGGAGAUCGGUCGACCUGCACCUCUGGAUCCUUGGGGCUUGCUGAUACCCGGUUGGAACUUUGUCACAGGCAUCCGGCAGAUUCACUUCCUCGCCGAGUACUGGGCGAUCCAGCGUGGUGAAGAGCUGCCGCGAGAUGCCUUUGCAGAGCUCUUCCCCUUUGCCAAGAAACCCACGCUGACGUUGGUGGAGUUGGCGACAACACCUUCCCUGUGGUUCAACAUUCCGGGCUGGCUCCUCUGUGCGCCCACCUUCCUGGGCCCAAUGAUCCAGCAGGCUCCUGAGAUCGCCAGCUCGCACUCGGUGGCCUCCCAGGCUGCGGCGGACAUCGCGAGCAGCGUGAGCGUCGCCGACCUGUCCCCCCUGGAAAACCCGAACAUCACCUUCGUGGUGCUGCUCUCCAUGUUCUCCAUGUCCAUCGCUCUGGUGGUUUGGGGCCGCAACGGGAGUCAGGCUACUCUGAGCGGAAAGUCGGGACACGCAUGGCUGCUUUGCGCUCCGGCCUUCGUGGGUCCGCUGGUCCAGGCUCCAGAAGUGGCCGGCGCCGCGCACUCUGCGACUUCUCAGGUCCCGGAGAUUGCCAGCAGCGUGGCCUUGGCGGAUCUGUCCCCGCUUGAGAACCCGAACAUCACCUUCGCCCAGGGCCCAGGGGGCCCAGCAAUGGUGUUUUACAUCAGCAAAGUUGAGGAAAGAUGGUGGUGCUUCUCUCGAUGUUCUCCAUGUCCAUUGCGCUCGUGGUUUGGGGACGUAACGGCUUCUAAAUGCCAGGAAGAGAUGACUGGAUUCAAUGAGCUACCUGCAGAAGGCGUAAGUGCAACACUUGAUGCUUCUUUAGUUUGCUUCGCUCCAGUUGAUCCGAUGCAAAGCAUGGCUUGUAAAAUUUACGAGGAUGUUCUCGAAGACGAAGUCGAUUGGGACGAGGCUACAAGGAGAGUGGAGGAGGGCGUGAAGCCGUCAAGCAGUAACCAUCGGGCGCUCUGCGAAUGCGGACGGCCCUUGCACCGCUAUGCCCGUCUACCGACUUAUCAGACCUUCCUGAUGUGCAGCCCCACGAAGGAGUGCUCUCGCUGCGAGGGGGACAUCCUGCCGGGUGAGAUGCACUUCCUUUGCGCGCAGUGUCACAUCCCUGUCUGCAAGGACUGCGGCCCAUCGGUCUACAUCCAUCGAGAGUAUGACUACCUCGACUACGAGACCGGAGAAGUGCAGGUGCAAGAGGUGCCGAAGCGCGUCAUCCAUGAGAGGAGGACUCGGUCAGCCCUCGAUGCCGAGGCGGCCUGCACCAAGGCGGCACGACAGGUGUACUCUGAGCUCCAAAAGCUGGCACCUGAAGUGGCGCAGGAAGAGGAUGUGGAGCACAGUCGCUGGGAUUCCGGAAACGUGCUGUUGCGGCUCCUAGGGGCGGAGAGCGAGGCUGAGGCGGCCCAGAGUGCACUCGCCUUGAUCGACGGGUGCCAGCACGUCCUCGCAGCGCAGCCGUCGCUCACAGAGGUAGAGGUGCCUUGCAAGAUAUUUGGCGACAUCCAUGGACAGCUGCGAGACUUGCUCCUUCUGUUCCAUUCCUUCGGCAUGCCUGGGACCCAAGACUGCCCUCGCUGCGUCUUCAACGGGGACUUCGUGGAUCGUGGCAAGCAUCAGGUGGAGACGGCGCUCGUCCUCUUUGCCCUGAAGGUUCUCUUUCCGACGCAGGUGUUCCUCAACCGAGGAAACCAUGAGGACUCGACCAUGAACGAGAAGUACGGCUUCCAAAAGGUCAUUCUGCAAGCGUUCCCGGGCGAAGCUGGACACAGAGUCUAUGCUGCCUUCUCCCGGGCUUUCCAGUACCUUCCCUUCGCCUGCCUUGUGGGAGGCAAGGUCCUGGCGCUGCACGGUGGCAUUGGCGACGGCAAGUGGAAGCUCGACGAUGUGCGGAAGGUCCAGCGGCCGCUGAACCACAACCAGCUCCAGGCGCCGGAGAACCGAGUCCUUUGGAACAUACUUUGGUCGGAUCCGAUCGAGGACGACUGCGCCGUUUCCAAGGUGUUUGGAGUGCAUGCUUCAGCACGCAGCAAAAUCGCUGUGCGCUUCGGCUGGAAUGUCACACAGGACUUCUGUGUCCGUAACGGUCUCGACCUUGUGGUGCGAAGUCACCAGUCGAAGAAGUGGGGACUGGGGUUCGACGUGAUGCACAAUGAGUCCCUCGUUCGAGUCUUCUCGGCUCGCGACUAUGAGGGCAACCACAAUGAUGGCGCGGUGCUCCAAGUGGAAAAUGAAGAUGACUCCGGUCAUCUCGGCGUUCGGCCACAGGUGCUGCGGUCGUUAUCUUCCGCCUAG